GUGAGUCCACCCGACUGGUAGUGGACUGGCAGGUCCCGUGCCGGGUGUUGGAUGGUGCAUAACAAGCAAGUGUCCUGUCUGAGAUUAUAUGACUUUACAACGUUCAGUAUAGGUUACGAGAAACACGGAUAUUGUCUUCAAAGCCUUGUGAGCCUUUUCCAUCGAGAUCCGGACGGAGAUCAAUGUUCGUGAUGCCGCGGAGAUAUUCAGACAGAUGCCGGCCGGUGUAAUUUGUCACAUUUAGCUUUAAACAUUUAGCGAACACCAUAUUUCAUUCCGCGGAGCGACAGUAACGGUACAAUAAUGCGACAGGCGUUUUUGAGACAUGUCCGUCGGUAUCCGUGGGUCACUAACGUCACUCUGUACGGCUGUCUGUUCGCGGGAGGUGACUCCGUGCACCAGUGGUUCUCGCGCAGGGAGGAAAUGGAUUGGACACACACACGGAACGUCGCCGUGGUCGCUUUCGGUUUCCAUGGUAACUUUAAUUUCUUCUGGAUGCGGUUCCUGGAGCGGAGUUUUCCCGGUAACUCCGUCCGCAUGGUGCUGAGGAAGCUGCUCCUGGACCAGACCACAGCGGCACCGCUGGCUACCAGCGUCUUCUACACAGGUGUCAGCUUCUUGGAGGGCAAAGAUGACAUCUUUGAAGACUGGAGAGAAAAAUUCCUGAAUACAUAUAAGACCGGGCUAAUGUUCUGGCCAUUUAUGCAGUUUCUGAACUUUGCCUUGGUGCCUCUGUACUUGCGGACCCCGUUCACCGGCUGCUGCGCCUUCGUCUGGGCCACCUUCCUCUGCUUCUCGCGACAGAGCGGUGACGGCACAGCCGCUGCCGCUCUGGCAUGGAUGUUCCCUCCUAAAGAGGGUGAAGCAGAAUCCACAAAGGAGAAAAUUGACUCUGAGGUUCAGAUAGAUGCUUCCAAAGAGGGACCAGUAGCAUCUAACCGUACUCAGAACUGAAGUAUGUUUUCAAAUUUCGAACAAGAGAGUCCCCGUGUUUAAUUGGACCACAUUUAAGGAUCCUUGAGGACUUCUAUGUCUGGGAAGGACGCUGUGAAGAUGGGAACGUCUCAGGUUGACGUUCCACGUUCCUCAGCUGUACAUCUAAAAUCUGGAUUGAAAGUGGAGAAGAGUUCAUUCCACAAUGUGGAGUGGCAGUUAAUUUAUUAGCUUAGACUUUUUACUUCAUAAAAUUAGGCAAAUUUCAAAACAAGUCUUUAAAUAUCACUCUCUUCAUUAACACAGGUGCUAAGACUGUGCCUGAUCUCUGAGGACUUUCUGCCUGGGUUCCUGUUUACAGUGCUAAGUACACAGGCACACAGGUACCAACAAUCCAUUUUAAAUAUGUAUUUUUUUAAAACUCUAAAACAUAUCUGAAAAUACAUUUUUGAUUUCCACAUGUUCAACCAUUGGCCCUUUACAUAAUGAGAAACUACUUAAGAUUACUUUGAGUUUGUCGAAUGAUUGACGAAGGUUGUCUCAAACAUCCAUUUACUUGAAUGUGGAAAUGCUGCCUGUUGUACUUUAUGUUAAUGUGAUACUGUGGAGUGUGCUCUAUUUUUUAUCUCUUGGCACCAUUUACUAAUUUUAUUUAUAAUUAUAUAAUUUAUCAUUAUAAUUUAUUUAAAUAUUACUUUAUAUAUUUCCUUGCUGGCAGUGAGUCUUGAAAUGUCAGAUGCCUCCACCCAGCACUUUUCUAUAGAGGUCAUUUUUAAAAAUAACUCAGUACAAGAGCUGACAGUUAUUCCUAUAUAUAGAAUUGAAAGGGUUUAGGGCAAACGUCUCUCUCCUGUCUCACAUAAUUAUCAAAAAACAAACAUUUUAUUCACUUGUGUUCCUUUGUUUUACGGAAAUCCGUGGUGUCACAGAACAUGUCUAAUAGUUUCCUGAUGUAUUUGAUUCUAAUAUGGAGUUAAAGUAGCAUAUGCAAGACAUGCUGUGUGAUUAUAUUAUUUGAUCUGUCUCACAGAACUGAAUUAAUACUGUGAAUAACAUUAAUAAUACGACAAAUUGGAAUGCAGAAAAAUCUAUCUACUGUGUGAUCAUUUAAAUUGCAUCCUUAAGUAUACUAACUUAUUAUUAGUUUAAAUCAAAUCAAUGUGAAUAUUCCUUUUGUUUAUUUCAGCAACUGAGCACUGGCUAAUAUUAUAAACUCAUUCAAAGAUUUGUGAACUGACAUUUCUUUCUCUAUCUUAUUGAUGUGUUUUGAUAUCACUAAGAAGCGUCAGUAUUGUUGACUGUACUGAACAAAUGAUUAGAUCACAUUUUGCACGAAAGUUGCACUAACUGGUAGAGAUAAAUAUAUUUUGUGUUGAAUAAAUUGUAAACAUCG